CUAGAGGCAUUCCGCUUCCUUUGCACAUAUCUUCAAGUCUCACCCGAAUAUGCCGAUACUCUGUUAUCGUUUGGAGAGCCGAGUGGGGACGUCGUCGAGUUUCAUCAACCAUCCAGCUACCAGGAGUACUUUCUACCUCCAAUAGCGGAGAAUUUCUUGAAGACGCCUGAGCUGGGACGGUCAGGGUGGGAACUGAGAAAUAUAUACAAGCUUUCGGCGAUGGAGUUAUCCGCAGAUGGCUAUUUCAUGCGUCAACAAGCUGUCCACCAUUCCUUUGACUUUGCCACAGGAAAGUCGUUAUUUAUUAUUACAAAGGCAAAUAAUAAUGCAAUCCGACGACAAAUUGAAGCAAUAGGGAAUGGGGCUGUUCCAGACUCUACUGCCCGCUCAUUUCUCGAUUCUCUCGAGACCCAGCUUAUCUCCUUCACUUGGUGUGCUGACGGAUGGAAAGAACAUAUUGGAGUUUUGGAGCUGAAGAUACGCCAGAUCUCAAAGAGAAUACACAAUAUCUCCAUGUCGUCUGAGGACGAACAUGUGGAUUUCAAUUAUGGCGGCCAAAGGGCCAGCUCAGUAAAUCCUGAUGCUACCUUGGAGAAUCAAGAUGAAACGGGCCCACGACUCAACUCAUUCAAACGCCUUAGCUCGGUUCUCUCUGACAACUUUCGUUGGAUUAAUGCGGAAAAGAGGCUUGGCACUUCAUCAACAAUAGUGGUCGAACCUAAGAAGGCGAAGACUACGUCAGAGCGGCUACAAGAAAACACUGAGACGAUUAAAAACUCGAUUAAAAGGAUUAAAAUUUUAGAAGAGUUUCCCUUCAGUGGGCUCCAAAAGCUGACUUCAGCCUGCCAACAUCUUCAAGAGGCCAAACUUGUCAUGGUGUUAAAUAUCGGAGUGCUGGCUGACGUUCGCGAGUUUUAUGAGGAUUUAUUUGAAGCUGUUGAGUUCCCGCCAGGCAUUAAAAAGUACCAUACCACCGAACUGCAAACCUUCUUGAGGAGAAUACGAUGCUCUGAGAAAAAGCUCUCCACGCAGUGUACGAGAGUGGAUGCAUUGAUCCAUAUCACGAACGAUGGAAAGAAUUUGUAUAACUCAAUUCAGCAGCGACAGAGCGCAGAAACCAGCACUUUAUUCGCUAUGGAUGCCCUUGGGACCUCGAUAAGAAUGGAAAGCUCGACGAAACGGAUGGAAGAUAUUGCUCAGAGCACGGAACGCGAUACCGCUUCUAUGCACGUGAUCACCUUCUUCGCCUUGGUGUUUCUUCCUGGCACAUUUCUUGGGAGCUUCUUCAGUACUCCAAUAUUUGACACCAACUCAAAGGAGAACCCUUGGGAACUGAAUUGGGGGCUCUUUUGGCUCUUUUUGAAGAUCUACUUCCCCAUGAUGGUCAUCACCAUCCUUCUGUGGGGCGUGUAUGUAUACGUGGCCAAGAUCCGACGACUUCGGCGGCAGCAGGCUCGAGUGGCACAACUGUGC